CUCAACUCAGCCUCGCCCGUGACAGCUCCAUCUCGAAGCCCAUCGUCGUUCGUUCAAGCCAAGAAGACGCGCUCUCUGCCUUACUUCCCGGCGCCACCUCCUACCCGUAGGAUACUCCUGCUAGCGUCUCCGCCAGCCGUGCAAGAAUGCCUCCUCGAUGAUGCCAGCGCCGCCAUGACGACCCAGGAACGAGGCGGCGCCGAGUCGCCGCAUCGGACUCUGAAACCACAUCGCGAAGACGGGCCGUACGUGCUGCGCCCUCUGCUGGACAAUGUUCCUCUGUCAGCGGACGGACCACAAGACGACAUUAAGAUCAACUGUGUGGAAUACUACGAUGGCAACCUAUACGUCGGCACGUCUGCGUCGGAGCUCCUUCACUUCGUCAAGAUCCCGCCCGACCCUUCGGACAGAUCCGCGCGAGCUAUAUUCAUCCUUGCCUCGAGACUAUCGCCCCCCUAUGUCGAGCCACCAGGGGCUGCCUCCAACACCCGGCCUGGCAUACAACAGAUCCUCCUGCUACCCAUGGUGGGCAAAGCCUGUAUCCUGUGCAACUCCACUGCAACGUUCUACUCGCUCCCUGAGUUGAGCCCCGUGUCUGGCACUGGUCAGGUCAAGAACUGCAAUUGGAUAGGCGGUGUCGACCUCAACGAAGCCCCGACGGAGAGUGCGACUGAAGUGACGAUACUCCUCUCGUUGAAACGACGCAUACAAGUCGUGCGAAUCGGUGAAGGCAUACAAGCCCUCAGAAACAUCGAUUACGCGGGUAGUUCCUUUACGCUUCGCCGCGACUCAAUAGCGUGUGUUGCCGAUGCGAGGUCGUAUGCGCUGUUGGAUGUUGAGAGGCGGCUGAAGAUUCCGCUCAUGAGCAUAUCAUCGUUGGAUGAGCCGCCACCCCCGGAACAGGUCGGGCAGGUACAGUCCCUAUCUUCUGACUCGGCUGGGGGUAUCAUCCGCAGCGCCUCUUCUGCCGAGAGUCGCCCAACUUCUACGACUCAGAGCCAUAGUCGUAGUGUGAGCUUGGGGGCACCCAUGUCCGGCCAACCUCACAUCCAAGAGCCGGGGCAGGCACAAAGUCAGGCUGCAGAGCCACAGCAAUCGUCGCCUCCUGCACCGUCAUCAAGUCCACAUCCACCGAACGAAUCUAGCGAUGCUCCUCCUCAUGUCGAUAAGCCGCUACCAGCCGCGCCCCCUGAGGCCUUGGCUACGGUUCAUCCAUUUGAGCGACCGGUAACGCCGCAGCCUGCCAUCUUUCUAACACCACAUAUCGCUUCCCCGACACCCGAUGAAUUCCUUGUUGUAAUUGGAACCAGUGCAUCAGAUCCUGGGAUCGGCAUGUUUGUUAGCCUGGAUGGUGACACUACCCGGUCGACUCUGGAGUUCGAGCAUUACCCAAGACAGAUCGCGGUUGACGGAAAGCAGGCGGAAAUGGCCUCAUCUCGUUCCGGUCAUGGUGAAGAAGAAGAAGGCUAUGUCCUGGCCUCUAUGACCAAACACGCCACCGAUGACACUGGUACUGUCCACGGUCUGGAGAUCCAGCGCUGGGACGCCGGCGAGGAGGCGAAUCCCGAGAGGCACUGGCUAGAACCCCGUGACUUCAAGAAUUCCAACCCAUACGGAAUACGCUCUUUGGUGGGACGCGACGAGAUUCACUUUGAAGAGAUCGUGGAGAAGCUGAGCCUUACACGAUUCUCACCGUUCGCGGGUCCCAUCGAGGCAUCCACCACAUCGCUCAAGAGCUCAGAUUCCCGGACAGCACUGUCUAUCGAACGGUUGUCCAAGGAGCGGGAGCUGUUCGAGCGCGAUGACUCUCAAGACGAAGAGUCACUCCCAGACGGUUGGGAGGCCGCACGGAAGUCUGAAGGCGAAGAGUUCACGCGUCGGCUAGCCAAGGUAGAGGUUGGCCUCGCAGUCUGGUGCGGCGAACAGAUAUGGUGGGCCGCCCGAAACCCUUCGAUCGUCCAGCUCGAUUCGGCUCUCGAUGCUUCGUGUCCGUAUGGCUGCACAGACCCGCGAGCCAUAGAUCGCCACGCUAUUUUUACCAUGCUCGGCUCAAUUCGCGGGCGAGACGCGCGAACAGAGCUUGAGUUCCUGACUCUAGGCUACCUACGUCAAAAGGCCGGUCUUCUCUUACUCAUCAGCUUGUUCACUUCGUCUGAGGCGGAUCGAUUGUCAGACGGCGAGAUGAGUGCCCUUGAGGAGGUCCUGGUGGACAGCAAACUUGACCCUAGAGUUGUGCUGUCCUUGAUACCUGGCGUUCGCAAUGAACUCGUCGACGGCCGACGCGGCACAUGGAUCUACGGUGGCGUUCGGACCGUGGCGGAAGCGUUCCUGCAAAAUGCGUCGUUUGAGGAAACUACUAAAGGGGGCAUCAGCAGCGUGUCGCUGAGAGUAAUGAACUUCUUGCGGCGUUUCCUUUCCGCAUGGAGGAAGAUGAAGGGCUUUGGUAGCGUCCCGGACGAACACGAAGUAUUUCGGACCGUGGAUGCCGCCCUUUUAACGGUGCUCCUCGAGUUGGACCAGCCAUCGCGGCGAGGCAAUACAAGCAGCUCGGCCGUGCGAUCCGAGCUCAACGACCUCGUUGACAAGGGUGUCGACUGUUUCGAUCGGGCCGUCGACCUCCUCGAGUCGUAUCACAGACUCUUCAUCCUAAGCCGGCUAUACCAAAGCCGAAAACGCUCGAGCGAUGUGCUGGCCACCUGGAGGAGGAUCGUGGAAGGGGAGAGAGACGACGGCCAUGAGCUGGUCGACGGUGAGAGGAGAGUCCGAGACUAUCUCCGAAAAAUCAGCAGUCAGAGUCUGGUUCAGGAGUACGGGAUAUGGCUUGCGCGGCGCAACCCGAAGCUGGGCGUCCAAGUCUUUGCAGAAGAUGGCGCGAGGGCUCCCAAAUUCGAGCCUGGUUUGGCGGUCGAGAUCCUCCGAAAGGAGGCUCCAGAUGCUGUCAAGUACUACCUGGAGCAUCUCGUCUUCGGCAAGGGGCACACAGCGUACGUGAAUGAGCUGAUUACGUAUUAUCUCGACGUGGUGUUGGGCGACCUUGAGUCCUCGGCAGCAAGCCGAGAAGCCGUUCUAUCGGCGUACAAUGCAUACCGCGCGCUGCAGGCGCCGAAACCGACAUACCAUCACUUUCUGAGGGAAAAUGCGCCCGAAAACGACGAGGUUUGGCAAAGUCGCCUACGCCUCCUUCAGCUCCUCGGCGGGGCCCACGAGUACGACUCGGGCGCUAUCAAGGCUCGCAUCACCAGCCUGCCAGGCGACCUUCUCGUGCCGGAGAUCAUCAUCCUCGCAGGUCGCGAGCGACAUCACGAGGAUGCAAUACGACUACUUGUACAUCGAUUGGGUGAUUACGACACUGCCGUCGCGUACUGUCUCCGUGGCGGCGCCAGCGUCUAUGUCCCGCCAGAGACCCGGCGACGUGGAGACAGCCUGCCGGAGUUGGAACAGCAGGAGCGUCUGUUCCAGGUUGCGCUGCGCGAGUUCCUCGCCAUUGACGAUAUGGGCGACCGUGUCGAACAGACAGGUGCCCUGCUGGAGCGAUUCGGCGGCUGGUUCGACGUUGUGGAGGUGCUGCAGCUCGUCCCGGACAGCUGGUCCGUGGAAGUGGUCGCGGGCUUCUUGGUUGGCGCGAUGAGGAGGCUGGUACGCGACAAGCAUGAAAGCAUGAUGACUCGCGCGCUCAGCGGGGCCGAGAAUGUUCGCGUCAACUACGACGUCGUGCUUGGUAUGGAGGGGAAGGGGCCGACGAUAGAGGCGGCCAAUUGAGGGCGCCGCGGGGGGACAAUGUUUAAGCACAGCGAUACGAGAAUGUAGUAUUGCUAUUUCUGCAUAGAACCACCGUUCAAGCACGCACUUACACGCUUUCUCAUGAUGUAAAUAAGAUCCAGUGACC